AUGGAGAUCGUGCAAGUGAGUCUGGAGAGCGGGCGGUGGGCGAGUCUCGACUGGCGGAAGCGGUCGGACGAGGAGAACUGGAAAGGCGGCUGGAUGAAAGAGCACAGGACCGGUGUGGCGUAA